AUGUCCGACUACGAGGACUCUAUGGACAAUGAGCCGCCCAUCAUUGACCCGUAUGAGGUGCUCGGCCUUGACCGAGAAGCAACUGCGAACCAAAUCACGGGUGCAUACCGGAAGGCGGCACUACAGAACCACCCUGACAAGGUCACCAGUGACAGAAAAGAAGAAGCACACGCCAAGUUCCAGAAAAUCGCAUUUGCCUACGCCAUCCUCUCCGAUCCCGCGCGACGCAAAAGAUAUGACACUACCGGCUCGACAUCAGAGUCCAUCGUCGAUGCAGACGGCUUCAACUGGAGUGACUACUACCGCGAACAAUUCAGAGACUCUGUAUCUGCGGACGCAAUUAGGAAAUUUGCCGAAAAGUACAAGGGCUCAGACGAGGAGAAGGACGACCUGCUGAUUGCCUACGAAGAGUGCGAAGGCGAUAUGGAUCAAAUAUACGAACGAGUCAUGCUGAGUAAUGUCACUGAAGACGAUGAUCGAUUUCGGGACAUCAUUGAUGAAGCGAUCAAGAAGAAGGACGUCCCGACGUUUGAUUCCUACACAAAGGAAACUAAGAAGAGCCGCGCAGCUCGUGUGAGGGCUGCAAAGGUUGAGGCAGAUGAGGCUGAGGACUAUGCUAAGGAACUUGGCGUGCACGACAAAUUGUUCGCGAAAAAGGGAAAGAAGUCCAAAGGUAGCUCAGAAGAUGACCUGGCGGCUUUGAUUCAAAAACGACAACAAGAUAGAUCUGCAAAUUUCUUGGAUCAUCUGGCUGAGAAGUAUGGAGCCAAUGCCACGAAAGGCAAGAAGGGGAAGAAGCGAGCAGUGGAUGCUGAUGAGCCGUCUGAAGAGGCGUUCCAGGCGGCUGCGGCCAAGUUGAAAGGCGGCAAGACGGCAAAGAAAUCCAAGAGGUAG